AUGAAAGAAAAUUUAGAAUGUAUUAGUAAUGUUGAUUUGGUCGAAACAGGAACAGAAAAAAAGAAGGAUAUCGAUUCGUAUACGAAUGAUGAAAAUAAGAAAAAUAAAAAUAAUAAUGAAUAUAUAAAAAAUAAUAAGGCGGGAAAUAAAGUAAAUUUUAAAAACAAAAAGAAUUUUUUAAAAGAGAAUAAUACAGUCGACCUAAAAAGUAACAAUGGAGUAGUUAACUGCGAUGUAAAUGAAAAUAAUAAAGCUGCUACAAUGAUCAAAUAUAAAAAAGCCUCCAAAAGGCAAAAAGAAGAAAUGAAAGAGGAAAAAAGGAAUAGCAGCAUCAACGAUAAUAAUGAAACCAUUAGUAAUAAUAGCGGUAUUAAUGAUAGCGUCAAUAAGAGCAAUAUUAGUAACAAUAGAAACUGUAUCAAUAAUAACAGCGAUAGCAAUAACAACAGUAGUAGCAAUAACAACGAUAGCAAUAACAACAGUAGUAGCAAUAACAACGAUAACAAUAACAACAGUAGUAGCAAUAACAACGAUAGCAAUAACAACAGUAGUAGCAAUAACAACGAUAACAAUAACAACAGUAGUAGCAAUAACAACGAUAGCAAUAACAACAGUAGUAGCAAUAACAACAGUAGUAGCAAUAACAACGAUAGCAAUAACAAUAUCAGUAGCAAUAACAGUAAGGGUGUGGAUAGAAUAGGCGCGCAUAACGUAAAAGAAGCUAAGAAAAAAAAAGAAAUGAAUAAAGAAAGUCAAAAAGAUAAUUCUAAAAUGAAUGCGUCAGAAAAAAGGAAUGGAACAACCAAUAUGGUAAACAAUAAGAACAGUGAUAUAACAAAAGAAAAAAAUAAUACACAUAAGAAAAAUGUAAAGGAAGCUAAUGCUAAUGAAAAUAAUUUACGUAAUAAUAAUUCAAGUGAAAAUAAAAUAACAAUUAAUAUGCAUACUGAAAAUAACGUAAAGAAGAAAAAUAGCACAGAACAAAAAAAUAAAAUAAACUCGAAAAAAGGCGCAAAAAAGAACAAGAAUAAAAAUGAAAACUAUUUGCAGAAUUCGUGGAUAUUUUCAUUUGACAAGGAGAACAGGAAGUAUUAUGAGCAGUAUGUGAACAGUCUAGUGUCUUUGGAAACAUUCAACACGAUAGAGAAAUUUUACAAGAACUACAAAUAUAUGAAGUCUCCUUCGUGCAUUAAGGAGUAUUACAAUAUCUACCUGUUUAAACAUAAUUUCAGACCUCUUUAUGAAGAAUAUCCAAAUGGCUUUAUUUGUAUCAUAAAAAAUGCAAACAGCUUUAGGAACGAUAUUGCAGAUUUAAUAUGGGAAAAAAUGGUUUUGUUGGCAAUUGGCGAAGAAUUUAAUUUAGUUGAUCUGUCUGGCAUACAACUUUGUAUAAGAGAAAACGAGAUUUUCUUUAAAAUGUGGAUGAAAAAUUACUCAAAUUAUUUAAAGAAUAUAUUAACAAAAAGAUUAAGCGAGUUGUUAGAUUUGCCGUUAAACACAUCCAUAAUUAUAAAGAUACUAUCGAACGCAUACCAUAACAGAAAAAAUCAGAACGUGAAGGAUAAAAAUGAAAAGGGAAAAAAAACUUACAGCAAAAAUAAGCCAGUUGAGUAUCCAUCCCCGAAAAGGGAUUUCUUUAAAAUUAAAAAUUAUGGAAAUGUCAUAGUGCCCCCAAUCUACAAUAUAGUCAGAAAAAUCUCUGUUUUGAAUUCUUCUUAUGCAGGAAACUACAAUUUUUAUAAAAACAAUUUAGAUAUGAACUUGUAUUAUUUAUACAAUAAUCAAAGCCCUCCAAGCAACCCGUACUUAUAUUACCCUUUCCAUUUUUACAAUCAUCAUUAUAACAGUAAUUAUCCGGAAUAUAUGUACGACUAUAGUUUACCUUACCCUAUUGAAAAUUUGAAUAAUUCUAUAAAUAAUGAAAUCCAUAUAGAAAAUAAUUUUGCAAACAAUCAAAUAAAUGCAUUAACAGCUAAUGACAAAAAAAAUAAAUUUGAUUAUGUAACAAAGAACAAAGAUUAUAAAAAGAAAUUUAUGUAUUUGAACAAUUCGAAUGAGUUUUUUGAAGACAGUAAAAGUAGUACAUGUGUCUAG